AUGGAAGACGAUAACUACUUUUCGCAAUUUUUUAAAGAAGAAAAAACUAAAAAGAGUGUUCUUUAUAUCGAAGAUUUCAGACCAAAAUUGAUUAAUAGAACUUCAAUUGAUAAGCAAAUAAUAGUUGCUUUGUUCGCCUUAGAUGGAAUAACUUUCAGAAACAUAGCUGAUAUAUUUCAUCUAGAAUUUAAUAUGGAUGUAACAAGACAGAGAAUUUCGGAUUGCUAUUAUUAUACUCUGAAAGGAGAAGUUUAUUCUUUCACGGAACUAAAUGUUUCAAGACCUAAAUUACCAUAUAGUUAUGAAAUUCAAUUACUUGAUUGGAUUACUGAGAUGAAAUCAAGUAAGAGUGCUUUAAUGCUCGAUGCAAUCGCGGUAAAAACUUCUGAAUUAUUUGUACUCUCUCAAGAAAACUUCAAAUUCUUCCUAGAUAAUAUUGAAGAUAUUCCUUUAAACUUCCAGAAUUUUGCUGAGAUGUCACUAAAUAACAAAGAAUUUCGAAGUUAUAUAAAAAGAUUAGUCAAGCAGUCCGGAUACAAAAUUUCAAAAGCCAAUUCUGUAGAUUAUCAGCAUGCUUUUAUUUCUCCAAUCGAUUUAUUGCGCUUUUCAUGGCAAUUAACAGCACUUCAUGAUGUUUUAUCUGAAAAUUUUUCGGACGAUUUCGUAGAUCCCCGAAAAGAUGAUGAAUGCAUAUGA